AUGAUUCUUGGUGAUGUUGAAGAAAUUGUUACUUCUGUAGAAAUUGAUGAUGAAACUUAUGAAGAGAUUGUCCGGGUCACAUCUGCUCCUGAGUGCUCCACGGACGCAUCAGGAAAGUUCACUUGUGCCACAGCAGAUUGUGGCUCUGGCCAAGUCUCAUGCAACGGUAACGACGCAGUUCCGCCAGCUACAUUAGUAGAAAUCACUAUUGCUCCGAACGGGGGUCAAGAUUUCUACGACGUUAGUCUUGUUAACGGCUUCAACUUACCCAUGGCCGUGGCUCCACAAGGUGGCACCGGCGAGUGUAAGGCCUCAACUUGCCCUGCCGAUGUAAACGCGGUGUGCCCGGCUGAGUUACAAGUGAAGGGAUCAUAUGGAAGCGUAAUUGCGUGUGCGCUCGGAGGUCGGGUCCCACAUAGGAGCAGAGGUUGGUCUUCCAUUCACGGUUUAUGUGUCUGUGGCUAUGGUUGA